UAAGUUCUAUGGUUGAAGCAUGUUGGAUUCAAUUGGAUGACGUUGGAGGUUAGAGUCUCGGAAAGCAUCGGAGAGCACGUGUGGAUUCAUAGAUUUUAACACGAGGAACGGCUUCCCAUCAUUACACGACGACGACGACGACGACGACGACGACGAAGAAGAAGAAGAAGAAGAAGAUUCAGAGAUUUCGUAGCAAACUUUCUUGGUGCAGAUAGCGAGGAGAGAUGGGGAAGCUGGCGCCUCGUUUGGCAAGUAGAAAAAAGGCGAAACGAUGGGCGAAGGGUCAGAGCUCGAGCUCCAAUCCGGCGACCACGAAACACCGCGAGCAAGCGAGCGGUAUGUUUUUCAAGGAUCUCUUUGGCACGGCGGGAGAACGCAGCUCCUCCGCGGGUAUCACGGAGGAGGAUCUACGGAAGCACGACGCUAUACAAGGUAUCAUCGAGCCGCGUUUCGCGAGACUCGACAUUGACCGAGAGGAAAGCGUCGCGGACGAUGGGGGGACGAUGACGACAAUAACAACGACGACGACGACGACGACGACGACGAAGACGCGCGACACCUUCGCCACCAAUUACAGCAACUGUUCCAAUCUUUCCUUCAGCGCUUUCCUCGACCGCUUUCAAUCGAGCUCGAUCGUGCAUAAGGAGAUGCUGGCGGUGCUGGCAGCCGUCACGGAGAUUAUCAAGCAGAAGGACGGCAAGGAGAGCUCGACCGAGUACUUUGCCGCGUUAAUGAGCACUUUAGAGACGGUGGAGGAUGACACGAGCGUAGCCGCGACGCUGUCUUUGCUCGGGAUGUGUCUGAGAACGGUGCCGAGGAACGUUCUCGCGUUGCAGUUUGGAACGACGAGUCAGGCCCUCCUUCGAAUUCUAUCCCGAUACGUCGCCAGCGAGGCGAACCAUCUGAUUCUACGGCAUUGCAUCGGCUGUCUCUCGUUGUUGCUGAGAGCGCAGGAGGCUGCCGUUUGGACCAAUUCCUCGACGAUGCGAGCGCUGGACGCUAUACUGUCCUUUACCACUCACGCCAAGCCCAAGAUACGCAAAUCCGCUCAACACGGGAUAUGCGCCAUUCUCAAGGGCAGCGACUCGACGAGGGAAAGAAGUGGAAGCGGAAGCGAGAAGCCGCCACCGCAUCAUCCAGCCGCGGGACAGGUCGCGGCACACUGCGUCGCCCAACUCGACGCCGCUUGCGAGCCAGGCUCCUCUCUGGGAGUGACCACCCUUCUGCACGUUCUUACCCUCUUGAAGGAUAUAAUGCAUCAGUUACCAAAGUCGCACGUCAAGACCAUCUGCGAACGCCUAUUGAGUGUCAUGACGUUGAACAACGUCGUGAUAACGUCCUGCUGCUUGCAAACGUUGCACGGACUGUUCGUCAUGAGACCGCCGGAGGCGACGUUACCUUUUUCACGAAACGGCCUUAUCAUUAGAGCCCUUUACGAUUAUCAGCCGUCCGCGAACGAUCCGCAGCCGACUCUGGCGUGGUUGGCCGUGUUGCGGGAGGCUCACUGCAACCUGGCGCAUCUGCUGUCGCUGCGCUGCUCGGCAGCCAACGCUCCAACGUGCUCCCGCGCCGUCGUCAGCUCCGCCUCCGCCGCCGCCGCCGCCGCCGCCACUGCCGCCGACGACGUCUUCUCGACGCUCGACAACGUUACGCUGGAAACGCUCGACAGGUGCGUCGAGCUCUUGCUCGUCGACAAGACGGAGAUCGUUGCCGGCGCGUCGCACACCAUCAAGACCAUUCUGCAGGAGUGCGUGGCGCCUCUCUGCGAGACCGAGGAGCGAGUCGUCCGGUACAAGCCCAUCUUGAGGCGCGUCGUCGGGACGAUGCGCAAGUCCCUCGGUUAUCGCUAUCUCGCAGCCUGGCGGCACGUUCUUCAUCUUACAGCUGUCCUCUUCCAGGUUAUUUCGACCGGUGAUCUCGAGCUCCUCGAGGAACUCGGAAGCGUCGUCGAGACUCUCGGAGAGUUGCGAGAUUUCCAUGAUUUCGCUUACAGCCGUGAGGCGGAGUACGCUAUCGGAGCGGCGAUUCGGACUAUGGGGCCUCGAGCCGUCUUGAACGUUCUUCCACUCGAACUCGACGCUGACCACCAAAGUACGGCGACCGCCGCUGCUACGAUCGAUCUCAGACGGAGUUGGAUGAUCCCGCUGCUCAAGGAUUGCGUCACCGGUGGCACCAUCGCCCUCUUCAACGACCUCCUGCUGCCGAUCGCCCGGCGUUGCGAGGAAAGGGCGGAGGAGAGCAAAGGCGCGUCUUCCGCGAAUCAAAAGACGUACGAAUGCUUGGUAACGCAGAUCUGGUCCAUUUUGCCGAGCAUAUGCAACGACGCCAGCGACGUGAAGGAUAACUUUAAGCUGAUCGCCCAGCUGCUGGGUACGGCGAUCAACGAUCGGCGGGAUCUGAGGCUACCCGCGAUGGCGGCUCUGCGGAAGCUGAUCGCGAGAGCGUCGACGUCGCGGAACGACGACGACGCCGCGGUCGCAGCCGCAGCCGAGCGAGACGUCGCCGAACUCGCUCGCUUCGCCAAAAAUUAUCUACCGAGACUCUUCAAUCUGUACACGACGAAGCCGAACGGCACGGACGAGGAGGGAGCGCGUCUCGCCGCCUUCGACACGAUCAAGACUUACCUGACGAUCGCGAGUAGCGAGCUGGCGAACGAGCUGUUCGAUCGCGCGUUGAUAAGGCUCGAGGAGCCCGGGGCGGAUGACUUCUUCAAGGAGAGCGUUUACGAUUUGACGAGAGUGCUGAUCGGUCACACGGACGUCGACAGGCUUAGCGAGCAUUACGAUCGUACGUGCGUGUCCUACCUCAAGGACACUAGCAAGCGAAGGGAGCAGAAGAAAGCUUAUCGCUUUCUCGAGGAGAUAUGCGGUAGCGAGAGGGAGAUCUGCAAGCGGUUCCUGCACGACCAUCGACGUCAGAUUCAAAAGACGCUCGUCGCAUCUGCGACCAGCGUGAUCGAGUCGAGCAGAGGGCCGCGUCUGCGAUGUCUCGCGCAUCUCGUCAGAGUGCAUCCGCAACUCGAGGGGACCAAGUUCCUCGAGGCGAUCGUGCCGGAAGCCGUGCUCUGCGUCAAAAAUAUUAACGAGAGAUGCCGCGACGCGGCCUAUCGGCUGCUCAAUGCGAUCGCCGAGAGAUUUCUCGACAAUCCCGAGCAUCUCAGGGACUACGUGGAUAUGCUGAUGGUGGGCUUGGGUGGAGAGCAAGCGUACGUUAGCGCCACUCUCCUCGCUCUCGCCUCCGUGACUUAUCGUUACUACGAUUCCCUCGGCACGGAGAUCAUCGGCGAGAUCUUGGAACACGCCUGUACGAUUCUGACGAGUCCCACGAGAGAGAUCGCCGAGUCUGCCUUGUCCUACGUCAAGGUCUAUAUCAACGUCACGCCUUCCGCCGUCAUGGCACCGACCUUGGCGCGAAUAAUUGACGCUCUCUCGCGAAUGAGCGACGAUUGUAAGCGUCAUUUUCGACAAAAGGUACGAGACAUCUUUGUCAAAUUGAUAAGAAAGUACGGCAUUGGGCCGAUAUCGAGCAUGGUACCGGCCUCGGACAUGAUUUUGCACAAGAGAUUAAAGAAUAUCAAGAAGGUGGAAGAUGCCAAGAGGAAAAAGCGGGAGGUGCAAAGGGCGAGGAAGCUCGAACGGGAUAGCGACGAGGAAUUUGAUGCCAAAAGAAAGCCCAAGAGCAUAGAAGAAAUAUUGGCGGACAGUGACGAGGAAUGUUUCGAAGCUACGGAGAACGACGGAGAACGAGUCAAGAGGAAGAAGAAAGGAACGUCGAGAAGGGACGCUUGGAUUCAGGAGAAUGAAGAUAACAUUGUCGAUUUUGCAGAUCCCGCAGCUGCUAGAAAUAUUACAACUACACAACCGGGUGUAUCAAAUCCAAAGAUUCCAAAGAAGAAAGUACAGGAUCGUGGCUUUGCGACUGCACCCGAUGGUCGUCUCAUUAUUAUGGAUGAUAACGAGAAGGAGAGUGACGCAGAAGAAAGGAAUAAGAAGAGGAAGAAGAAUAAGACUUCUUUCCUUCAGAGUGAUUCAGAAGAAGACGAUUAUAAAGACGAAGAUGAUUUAUCGAUGAGCGUCAAGAUCGCUGGUAAAAAACGUAAAUAUAGCGAAAGCACGAUGGACGUAACGAGCUUAAAAAGUCAGUCGACAUCGAAAUAUCGAGCCGGUGGAUCGGGUAUUCAUCGAUCGCUAAAGAUAAAAAAAGUUGAAAGCGAACCUGGUUCGGAAUACCGUGCAACAAAGGCUAGAGGAGAUAUUAAGAGAAAGGGUAAACCAGAUCCCUACGUAUAUGUACCUCUGACGAGGUCUAUAUUGAACAAAAGAAAAAAGAAGAAAAACGCGGGCAAAUUCCAGAGUAUAGUUUCCGGGAUGAGAAAGGGCGCGCGUACAGGUAUGCGGAAUAAACGAAGAAAACAUUAGAGACGGAUAACAGUCCUGAUUGUUAAUUAUAAUGUUAUCUAAU